CCGACGUCUUGCGCAGUCCGUCCGCCGUCACUCGCGCCUCCCGUAGCCUACAGGAACCUGCCACCCGCUACCUCACCAUGAACAAGAAGAUCGCGGCGCAGCUGGAGAAGCUGCAGGGCGACGAGUGGGACUCGGACAGCGACAGCGAGGCUCCGGCCGCUGCCUCCACCUCCUUCGACGCCAGCAAUGACCUCGUGAAGCUCCCGACGGCCGAGGAGGCCAUCGCCAGCGCCAAGGCCGCCCAGCAGGCCGGCGGCAAGAAGCGCAAGAGCAAGAUGCAGCGCAAGAAGGAGGCCGCCGCCCUGGCGCAGCAGCAGAAGGCCGUGAAGGCCAAGAGCCAGCCGUCCAACGUUAUUUAUCUCGGCCGCAUCCCGCACGGCUUCUACGAGAAGCAGAUGAUGGGCUUCUUCAAGCAGUUCGGCGUCGUGCGCCGCGUGCGGCUCUCGCGCAACAAGCGCACGGGCAACUCGAAGCACUACGCCUUCAUCCAGUUCGACGAGCCCGAGGUGGCGCAGAUCGUGGCCAACACCAUGAACCAGUACCGACUCUUCGACCACACGCUCUCGUGCCACGUCGUGCCCUCGCACGCCGUCCACGAGCGCAUGUUCGUGGGCGCCAACAAGGAGUUCAAGCCGCUGCCCCGACAGGCAAUCAACCGCAACCGCCACAACGCCGAGAAGACGUACGAGCAGACUGUGGUUAACAACAAGCGCCUGGUCGCCAAGGAGCGGCAGAAGCGCAAGGUGCUCAAGGCGCUGGGCAUCGACUACGACUUCCCCGGCUACGAGGCGCAGAUGCCGGCCAAGAAGCAGCACAUUGCCUUCACAUAG